UGACGUUCCAAGUUCCAACUUGUCAAGCAACGACACGAGUUCUCGACUUUCGUUCUAUAAAACUUUUGACCUUUCCCAUAAAAACGUUGGAUUAGUUGGAAACUAUCUAAAAAAUCGAAUUUAAAUUGUGUGAUUUAAGCUCCCUUUAAGAUGUCUGUUUUAAUGCAUGAAAAAGUUUGGCUGGACAAAAAUGUGUAUAAUGAGGCAGAGAAAAAUUACUAUGAAUCACUUAACAAGAGUCAAAUAAAUCCACUUAUGGUGGUGGGAUCAUCUCUUGCUAGUGAGGUUGCAAAAGCAAGACAACACAUUAAAAAUUCACUAGAAUGCAUGGAUAGUGUUGCUUCUUUAACUGGAGUACCAAACACUGAGAUCAACUCAAAAUUAAACAAAUUGGUCGAAGAAAACUCAGAGCUAAAGAAGGCAAUGGAAGAAUUACGCAAACUUGUGAUCAGCCUUCAAGCUAGGGUAGAUGGUCUUGAAUCAACUGAAGCCAAACCACAACAAUCUGCCUCCAAGGUUGAGGCAGCAAAAGAAGAACAAGAGUCAGAUGAUGGUGUUGAUCUAUUUGGAUCUGAUGACGAAGAAGAAAGCGCUGAAGCUAUUAAGCUGAGAGACGAAAGACUUGCUGCAUAUAAUGCCAAGAAAGCAAAAAAACCUGUACUUAUUGCAAAGUCUAAUAUAAUUUUGGAUGUUAAGCCUUGGGAUGAUGAAACUGAUAUGAAAGCACUGGAACAGGCUGUAAGAAAUAUAAGUACAGAUGGCUUACUUUGGGGUGCAGCUAAGCUUGUUCCCUUAGCUUUUGGAAUUCACAAACUGCAAAUUUCGUGUGUAGUCGAAGAUGAUAAAGUAUCAGUUGAUUGGCUUACUGAAGAGAUUGAGAAAAAUGAGGAUUUCGUACAAAGUGUUGACAUAGCUGCCUUCAACAAAGUCUGAGUUUGUAAUGUAUUUUUAAAACAAAUAAACAAUAUUUUUCUA